CAGGUGUUUCACUUCGAAAAAGACGCCGUUUAACGUGUUUGGUUUUUUAUUUUUACCAUCAGUUCGUCGUAUUCCGACCCUCUGCAACAUCAAAAAUUUCAUUGUGUCCGUUGCGUCACUGGCACCUUUUGUGUUUGUUCAGUGAGUUUUGCGAGUUGUGUACGUGGAGAAGCAACGCGUUCACUUUAAGAAUAUAGCGUAGAAAAAAUCGUUGCAAUGUGAAAGGUGGUGAACUUUAAACCGAUCGUGUACAAGAAAAUGUUCGAUAGUUGUCAAUCAACGAAUGCCGGUCCGAAAUGUGCAGAAGUUGCGGAAAAGAUUGUACAAAUCUUCGGGUGGAGACACACCUAUAACGUGGAGAAAUUGCAAAGGAACGUUCCCGAUAGAGACACAACUAGAAUUUCUAUCACUCGCCCCACCAUUGAAUAUUUAAAAGCAGACGUAUCUUCUUCAAAGGGCCCGGACUCUUGGGUUUCCGUGCAUAAUCUCCAAUCGCAAGGUGGUGGAAUUUUGGAUCCAGACGAUCGUUUGAGUGAUGUUGUGGACGAUAGGGAACAAAUUUUAGCUAGCUUUGAAGAUGGAGAUGGGGCACAUCAUCACGGGGGUGGUGAUGGAGCCAGCGGAAGUAGUGUUGGAACUGGGAGUCCCGAUAUAUUCCACGAUGGGGAUCAUAAAUACCCUCCAUAUCCAAGAACUGAUAUAGAAGUAACUGGUGAACAAAUAGCUUCCGGAGGAAAUGGUGCUCUUCAAGUUCGGAGAGGUAGUGAACCGGCGUUAAAUCAACUUCCAGUUGGUCCACCUCCCUCUAGCGAUCACACCAAACGGUGGAGUGCGGCUCCGUUAAUUUUAGAACCUCCAAAUGUAAGUUAUAGUGGAGAAUGGGUUGAAGAUUCGCGGGAGGAUGAAGAGGAUCAAGGAUUCAAACGAGUUGCUAGGGAUGGAAGUAAUAGAUUAUCCAUGCAAUUUUUGGGAGAAGGAAUGGGAUAUAGAUGGGCUGAAGCUGCAGAAAGAGCUGCCUCAGCAAGAUCGCAUACUUCGCUGCCUAGAGAAACCAAAAGAAAAGAACCGUUAGGUCAAGCAAAUUCCACUAGUCCAGUUUUAAAUGCUGAUGAGAAGAGUGAAGUGAUUAUUAUAAGAAAUGAACUGGGACCUUUAGGAAUUCACGUAGUCCCUGAUUACGAUAAAUCGGGUAAAGAUCGCGGAUUACUCGUUCAAGGAAUCGAACCUGGUGGACGAAUAGAUAGAGAUGGAAGAUUAGCUGUUUAUGACCGGAUUAUUGAAAUUAACGGCCAAAAUUUAUUGAAUAUGCCAUUUCAAAGGGUGCAAGAAUUAUUUAAGUUAUCUCUGACCUCAACAGAGUUGAGAUUAAGGGUGAUACGAAACAAUAAUUCCUCAGAAAACAUUCGAAAACCUCCUCCACCUGUUUACCCAAGGUUUCCAGAUGACAAAGAAAACGUGUUGGUUGAGUGCGAACAGAAACGUUACAUUCCAGAGACUACAAACACCAAAGUAGCAACUGUUUCGCCUACAAAGAAGCUUCCUGCUGUUCAAAGAAAUUUAAAAUCUUUGCUUCAAGCAAACACUAGAAAAAUUGGUAGAAAAAUUGUAAUCGAUUUAAUUAAAGGUCCACAUGGAUUAGGUUUUAGUAUAACAACGCGAGAUAAUCCCGCUGGUGGGAAUUGUCCUAUUUAUAUAAAAAAUAUUAUUUCAAAGGGUGCAGCUAUUGAAGACGGUCGAUUAAAAAUCGGCGAUCGUUUAUUAGAAGCAAACGGCGUCGAAAUGACCGGAAAAAGUCAAGCGGAAGCUGUGGCAGUUUUAAGAAACGCACCAACAGGAAGUAAAGUAACAAUCGUAGUAUCAAGACAAGAAGACGUAACAGACAUGAAUUUACCCCGAAUUAUUGGUGUAGAUGAGUGUCCUGAGAAAGAAGAGGAGGUUGGUGAGGGAAGAAGGGAAAGUAACACGCCCCCUACAAUCCCUCCGUUGCCUCAGGGUCACAUACAAAAUCGCAACACCCCAGAGAAAUCGGGGGUUGCCAAAAUCAUAUCUCAAUUUCAAGAUAAUGUGAAUCCGCCAGAGAAAAUGGACGAAAGUUCGCAAUUUCCUUGGAAACACAAAGAAAUUUUAACUUUCAACAUUCCCGUUCAUGAUUCUGAAAAAGCUGGAUUAGGAAUAAGUGUGAAAGGAAAAACAAGCGGCUCCCAAGAUUUAGGUAUUUUUAUUAAAAGUGUCAUUAAUGGUGGAGCCGCGUCUAGGGAUAAAAGACUGAGGACAAACGAUCAAUUGCUUAACGUAAAUGGAGUUUCUUUGUUGCAACAAACUAACAGCGAUGCAAUGGAAACUUUACGAAAAGCGAUGUGUCAUACGGAAGGACCCGUUCCUGGUAAUAUUACUUUAACUAUAGCUAGAAGAGCUUCAUCACCUGGACCUAAUCGCAAUACAAAUCAUCCAUCAAGCGAAAAUUUACAAUCGCACGAAAGCGAUCCUUCAUUAACUGAUCAUUCUAAUGCGAGUUCAGGUUCGACUGGUACGGUUAUUUUUAAUCCUAAUAAAUCACCUCCAGGGAAACAACAUCAAAUUAUUCAACCGCUUAGUCCUUUGCAUACUUGGAACCCCGUUUUGGAGAGAUUAACUGGAAAUAAAAACCAACAACAACAACAACAACUUAGAAAUGAAAGUUAUUAUAGGGCAACACAUGAUACAUGGAAUGCAACUAUGUUUAAUGAUCAUCUUUCACCCAACAUUACAACUACUUCGCUUAGUUUACCGAAUUCUGAACCGAUUUUAAUUGAAGAUGAAUAUGGAACUAGGGUUUUACCUCAUCAAAUAUCAAGAACAAAAAUUACAUUACCCACUACAAGCACAACAACUAACAUUGAAAGCCGAAAUGAACAUGAACCUGAUGGAAAAGCUAGUUUAUCUGGAUCAACUUGCGAUAAAAGUACUGAAUCUUCAUCGCAAGUAGCUUGUACUGAUGCAACUUAUGCGAGUCAAUUAUCGUUAGAAAAUCCGGCUGGUUUUUCAAGAGACGCUUUUGGUAGGCAAAGCAUGUCAGAGAAAAGACACGCAACUUUAGAUGCUAAAAACACCGAUACUUAUCAAAGAAGUAAGAAGAUGCGGGAAGAAAGGGACAAAAAUAAAGGACAUGAAACAAAUUUAGUAAGAGUCGGAUCCGUGGAAUCUGUAAUAAGCGUCAACAGAUCACAUGAACACCCCGAAUACGCUGAUAAAUUGGGACAAUUAGGCCCAUCACUUGGAAUGAAAAAAUCAUCAAGUUUAGAAUCGUUACAAACGAUGGUUCAAGAAAUUCAAAUGAAAGAAGAAGGAGAUCCAGCUUAUAGCUUUAGAGGUCCUAAUGGUGCUUUAAAAGUUCUUAGAGGUCGUGGAUGUGAAGAAAGGUUCAGAGCCGCCGUUACAGUUGAUCCAAAUCAUCGUAGUGAAAUAUCCGCGAAAAAACAUUGGUUAGUUGAUCCACCGGUUGAAGAACGUGAAAUCGAUGGUUUUACUAACGUAAGAGGAGGUCCAAGACAAUCUUCGUUAAACGCUGCUCUCGACGCAAAACAUAAAGCGGUGAAAAAGAAGCCGGGUAUUCUGAAAGGAAUUGGUUCGAUGUUUCGUUUUGGAAAACAUCGAAAAAUGGAACCGGAAGUUCCCCAGCAUUAUCAUCAAACUGGGGAAUUUGAGGAGGCGCAAAAAUCCACGGAGCAAUUAAACGAAUCUUCGAAUUCCACACAACAUUCGCAAGGGAGUGAUAGUAAAAGUCAAAAUGAGAGAGUUGAACGAGUUGAACCUUUAUAUCAAAAACAUGGGUUUGUUCAUCAUCAUGCAGAACAAGUACAGGUAAUUCCUGAAGGUUCUGCCGUCCCAUCUGGAAGAUAUAGCAACCAAUCUACAGAUCAAAAUCAAAAUCGUUCGAAAGGACAUCACCACCACCAUCAUCAUCAUCGUCAAGGAUCGAGACAUGGUUACUAUUCUUCAGAUGAAAGGGAGAAUCACUACGAGCAGGUAUACCGAAGAAGAAAUGAACCCAAUUUCAACGAAUAUGGCAGACCAGGAAGUAGAUCAGGAAUAACGGAAUCCUCAGUACCUUUCACGCAUUACGUUAAUUACAAUGAGCUACAAAGCAGGAUAAGCCGAAAAGAACAGUUAUCUGAAAGUCAAAUUGUGCAGAUGCGCCUUCAGGUGCAACAGCAGAGGUUAAAGGUGGAGGAAGAAAGUCGGAAACAACAUCAAUAUCAUUCGCAAAGACAACCAAGGGAUAAUCAACUAAGACCUAUAUCGAAUUUUUACGAAUACGAGAGUAUUCAAACGGUGCUAAAUUCUCGAACUAGGACAACAGCGGCUCCGAAUCAAGCCGCUUAUCAUGCCCCACCUCCUUACCAAGACACGAAUUCGAAUAAUUCAUUGCCGCGACAACAACCCGUGCAAGGUAGAAACGUAACGAGGCAGCAAUAUCAAAAUAACCACCAACAUCGGGGACCCUUUGUAACGCAAGUUACUAUUGGGGAACAUCAACAAAACGGAACUAAAGUAUAAUAUAAUAAGGCUUAAUUAUUUAAUACUGUGUAAUUGAAAUCGUAAUAAUAUACGUCCUUUUUUUACUUAAUUAUUUUUAUUAAUUGUAUUUUUUAGGUGAUUUAUACGCGAAUGAAAUUUGUAAAUGUAUAUAAUAGAAUUAAUUUUUAAAAUAUUUUAUAUUAUU